CCCUUCUACAGUUCAUCCCACAAUGCAAACCCCACCUAUUCUGAGACGUGUGCCCCUUGACCCUGCAAGAUCCACAGUGUAACGCUGCACAGUGCCGUCCAGCAAUUUCCAAUUUCCCCAGAGACAUCCUGGCUCGUAGAAUCCGGACCCAGUCCCGCUUGCCCAUGCUAGCAUCCGUUGAACCUCGAAAAGCUGCCGAGCCGCCAGUUGCAACAGUCAAGACCCCAUUCACUCGACCGUGGAAGCGAUCCGCGGAGACCCUCAGGCCUUUUGAUACCACAUUUGGACGAAAGAACCAUCGCGUCGCGGAUGCAGACAGGCUGAUAGUGUGAGCCCGCGGACGUGGACGCGGCGCCAUGCAGUCGGCAAAGGCAAAGGCCGAGGCGUUGGGACGGAAGGCCAAGCUCGCUCAUUCGUACCAGGAGCUCCUCGACGAAUUCGCAGAUAAAGACCUUAGAUCUGUCGGAAACUAUACCCUCGGCCGCCUGAUUGGAAAGGGGUCGUUCGGGAAGGUCUAUCUGGCAACCCAUAAGCUCACAAAUGGCUCCAAGGUUGUACUCAAGUCCGCGAAGAAGGGCGACUCGAACCUCGCGCGCGAAAUCCACCACCACCGACAGUUCGUCCAUCCGCACAUCGCCCGACUCUACGAAGUUAUCGUAACCGAGACGCUGGUAUGGCUGGUUCUGGAAUACUGUCCCGGCGACGAGCUCUAUAACUACCUCCUCAAGCAUGGCAAGCUACCGGUGGAGAAGGUCCAAAAGACAUUUGCACAGCUCGUCGGCGCUGUGUGCUACGUACAUCUACAGUCCUGCGUCCACCGGGACUUGAAGCUCGAGAACAUCCUCUUCGACAAGCACGAGAAUGUCAAGCUCUGCGAUUUUGGCUUCACGCGCGAGUAUGAAGGGAAAGCAAACUAUCUCCAGACCUUCUGCGGGACGAUAUGCUACUCUGCCCCUGAGAUGUUAAAGGGUGAGAAAUAUGCCGGAGAAAAGGUCGACGUGUGGAGCUUGGGCGUCAUCCUAUACGCUCUCUUGACAGGGGAACUACCCUUUGACGAUGACGAUGACAACGUUACCCGAUCAAGGAUCUUGACCAAGGAACCGACCUAUCCGGACCACAUUCCCGCCGAGGCCCUGCCACUUCUCAAAAGCUUACUGUCCAAACGGCCUUUACUUCGCCCGUCUCUCCCCGAUAUCCUCGCCCAUCCCUUCCUGUCGGAACACGCACCGCACCAGCAGGCAAUACUCAAGAUACAACACCCGACCCCCUUUUCCACGCCACUCGAGAAGGACACCUUACAGCGUAUGCGGAGCGCGGGGGUCGAGAUUGACGCCGUGAUUGAGAGUGUCCUAUCCCAGAGGUGCGAUGCUCUGGCCGGGUGGUGGACGUUGUUGAUCGAGAAGGAGGAGAGGAAGGCCAAGAGGAGGGAACGUAAGCGGAAGGAGAAGGAGGCCGAGCAUCGGAGCUCGAGACGCCUAUCCCAAGCGUCAGGGCGCUUGGAGAGACUGGCCACGGUUGGCGAGGAAGCAAACUUCGUCAAGCUCUCGGAUCCGCCACCCCCGAAGACGCGGGGUCGGACAGAGAGGAGAAGCGGACAGUUUGCCGGCUUGGCGAUAGCGGACCUUUCCAACUCUCCGAAUCUCGCAAAGGCAAGCGGCAAUCUGAGCCCGGACAGCGAGACGCCCCCUCCGCCUGUUGACAAGGACUCGAUCCGAUCUGCCAGUUCGUCACGACAUCGAAAGCCCAUCCCCCCGCCCAAGGAAGGCGUCCUUCGGAGUGCGCGAUCAAGAGGGUCUACUCUGCACCUGGUGACUACAAGCGACGCCCUUGCUGUACGUGGCGAGGCCCAACCCGAGCCCCGGCAGAAGGUGCGGAAGAAGUCCUCCCAAGCAAUCAUCGCACAUUGGAAGAACUGGACGCACUGGCUCUUUGAGAACGCGAGGCGGCACAGAGGGGCCAACAAGCGAGGGAGCCACUCGACGCCGAAUCUAGUUGAGAAGCCCGGCAACGGAGGGAAGGAAGGAAAGUCCAAGGACAGCAGCCCUCGGCCCCAGACCAGCAAAUAUCCCACAAGCAGCUCCGGUACUCCCGUCACUUCGGCCCCUCUCCCCAAGGGCCUGGUGGCCAAUGGCUACAUCCACAAGAACACGUCAGCCCUGUCAAGUGAUGUUCAAAGCCCGACUUCAGCGAAUCUCUCAACCCCAAUUAACCCCGGUCAGUUACCUCGCAUGCAGACCACCUUGGCAACUUCCUACAAGCGCCAAUCCCUCUCCCCAUCCCCCCUGACGCCACGGUCCACGGUCCGUCGAUCUUCAGGGCCGACUGGGCUUCGGGGCCGCAAAUCAACAUCAUCCUCGGUCUCGUCUAUCCGCUCCAUGCACCACGCCCACCAUCACAGCCACAGCAAAGCAUCCUCGACGAGUUCCAACGGCUCCGUCGCGACCUCCAUGUCCAAAUCGCAACUUGGCGCGGGCCGCUCCCCACACCAUUCCGUCAAGAUCCUCCCCGCUACCCCGACGAUGACCAGUUUCCCCUCCAACAUCCGCCUCGUCCGAGACCGCAGCGGGCCCCCCCUCAGCAUCUUCAACGAAGGGAUGCCCGACCACGCCGAUAGGGCGAACGCAACUUCGGCGUCGAUGAUGCAGCCUCCCAGCAGCCCGAAUCCAUUCGCUGGCUUCGGCUCCCCCAGCGGGCACGGAAUCCUGUUUGCCAAGCGAAAGCGCAACCUCUUCAAGGGUCCGAUGCUGAAUUUCGCACAGCGAGAUAACAGGAGCACCGGGUCCGGGUCGGCGGGCCAUAGCCGGAGCGCCAGCGCGACGGGGCUGGGACGGCGAAGCGGGGAGAUGGCUAUCCAAGAAGUGGACGAGGAGGAGGGCGAUGGCGAUGGCGACUACGGCGAAGGGGACGGAGAAGAGGAGGUCGAGGAGGUGGAUUCCUUCUGCCCCGUUGUCAAAGGGCCCGGGGAGAUGGUAGAGGAAGAGAUCAUCGAAGACGAGCAGCAGCAAGACGACAGUGGGAGCAAAGAGAAGCAAGCCAUCACUUCUGGGGAGAUGGCUGCCCCCAUCGAAGGGGCUAGGUGACGACAUUUCUUACGCCGAGCAUGAUUGUGUCGCCUGGUAGCCCCCCUACACUCUCGAUGACAUGAUUGAUGAACUAGACUUGCGUCCUGCAUGUAGGAUAUGGAAGAAUGGGGGAUCUUGCUGAUGUGAGACGAUGCGAAGGAGCUUAAUGGUUAAGCAUUCAGGAUUUGGGCCUCUGCAACAUAGUUCCUGCAUGUAAUGUACAUUGCUGCGCUCCAUCAGGGCCCGGCUUUUUGUUUCUAUUUUCUCUCGGGCCAGGCGGUAGCGCUGUCGCCGUGCCAAUUGGUUAGGAUACCUCCAUAUAUGAAGAUUUGGUUAAUUUGUACACAACUAAUCAACUAUCCACACUGGCUGUUUUCUUCGGC